AUGUCAAAUUUCACGAAUUUACUGAAUGGCGCGAAGAUCAUACAUUUGUUCUUACCCAAAGACCACGAAACCCCAUCUCUUGAGAACCUCUGUCAAUUUCUAACCCAAUCUAUCGAUAGGAAGCCUUGCAAUAUAACCUACCUUAAUUUCUCUGAUACAGAUGAAUCGCCUUCUCGACAUGACCUUAGUGUAGCGGAGCUGAAAUCUUUACUAGAGGUCUUGACCACAGAUAGUCUGAAUAUGAACAGCUCUACCAAUGCUUGCCAGCCGCAAGGAUGUAUCUUGCUUGUCGAGGACCUAACAAAAGAUAUGAUCGAGAUGCUUGGUUCUCAGUUAGAUGUUGACCCUUUUUUCUUCGCCUCCCAUAUCAAUAGUCCAACUGUUACUGCCCAGAUCUCAAGGCCUACCUCAGUUAUACUGCCGUCCGAGGCAGCAAGACAAAAUUUCCUCAGUCUUUAA